AGUGUGCGUGAUCGUGUCUUGUUUGAGCACUUCACGUCACGCACAUGGGAUACGUAGCAGUGAGUGUGACACCAUCACACUAAUUUCUGUGAAAACUCUUUCAUUCUGUUACUCUGUAAAGAUACGUCCAUGCAGGAAGGACACUCAGUUGAAUCAUCCAACAUGUCCACGGAAGCCACGCUUCAGCUGGUCUGUGGGGAGAAGAAACUCGACCGGGACCGAGGGUUAGCCCAGCUUCAGCGGCUCUUGGACGAGAGCGACCCCGCGGGGCUGGAGCGGCUGGAGACGGCUCUGACUAGCCUGCUGCACGGCCAAGACUCGGAGACGUUAUGGGAGACGAGGCAAGGUGUUCUGCUGGGCUCGAAGGUGGUGGUGUUGCACGAGUGGGGGAGCGAGGCAUUUGCAACGCAGCUCCGCUUGUACGCUCUCCAUUCGCUUAACAAUGAAGAGGCAAGAGUUCGCCUUGCUGCUGGCGAGGUGCUAGGUGCCCUGUGCAAGCGUUAUGGCACCGAUGUAUACCAGUCGGCCAGCGAGCUGAUCCAUGACGGGGUACGUAGCAACCUGGAGCGCAUCCCACUCUCAGAGAGGCCCCCGGGCCAGAGGGACAGCGCCAACGUCCUAAUGGAGAAACUGGUCAUUCAACACGAGCAGGGAGGGAGUGCCACAGCAGAGCAGAUUUUCCACGACACUGCGGGCUGGAAAAAUCUGGAAACCUGGAUGAAGUGCUUAGAGUCCGUCAUCAAUGGUUGCGGUCCUCACUUUAUCCCUUUCAUCACCCAGGAUCUCCUUGACCUCAUCUUUCAGACGCUGACCCACACGAACCGAUUUGUCAGGGAGACGGGGUACUAUGUCAUGUCUUCUCUUGUCAGCUGUGGAGCAACACCAGAUAACGGAGAGGAAGCAAUGGAUCUUUGUUGUGAGUUAACUGAUGACAACCCAGUCUUGCAGUACGGAGAUCAGGUGGCCAAACAUCUUGCAGAGGGGCUAGCCGACAACUGGAGUCAGGUCAGACUUUCUAGUUCGGUGGCCACAAGGAAUUUCCUCGUCAACCUCCCCAACAGCGAGAGCAGAGAGAAGUUUUUUCCUCUUCUCCUGCCGCGGAUGUGUUUGAAUAGGUAUUAUGUAGCUGAAGGUGUGAGGACGUACUCCCAGAACACCUGGAGGCAGGUGACAGGAGAUCAGGGCAAACAGUUGGUGGAGGCAAACAUGCCGGAUAUGGUGGAUUAUUACAUUCAGCAGACGAAUGCAGACAACCACGCUGUGAGGGAGGCUGCCUGUGCCUGCAUAGCAGAGUUAGGAUCCAAGCUCAACAAAGAGGUAGUGCGACCCUUUGUAGGACGACUUCUGGCUGCCUUAUUGGAGUGUUUCAGUGAUGACAGCUGGCCGGUCAGGGAUGCUGCUUGUGUGGCUUGUGGCAACUUUGUCGGUUGUUUCCCUACAGAAUCAAGGCCGAGUAUGGAGAAGUUGUACCCACUUUUCUUUGCCAACCUAGCUGAUAACAUCCCUUCGGUCAGGCAAGGUGCCGCCGUUGCCCUAGUCAAUGUCGCUAAGGCCUACGGCGAGGAGGCUAUCAACCUGCUCGUAGACAAGAUCAAGGAAGGAGUCUCUGGUAUCGACCAGCAGAAGGCCACCUCCGAGAAGUACAGUGACCUCGACAAGGGGCCCGCAACCUUCAGUGUUGCCAAGAGGUUACGAGAUAACGACAUUGAGUUGCACUCAGACAAGCAGAUGUACUCCUGCGGCUCAUUGGCACCCAAGAUGGGGCGGGGCUCCAAGAGGGAGGGAGGCUGCAUGGAUCACAAAUUCCGGAGACCGUCCGAGCCAUGGGAGGUUUGUGAAGGGUGUAUACAGUUGUUAUCAGAGCUGUCGUCAAUCCAGUCGUUAGCUGCAACUGUUGGGACCAUCUUGCCCUCGGUGGCAGAGGCUACAAGGAUCCAGACCUAUGCCCAGCAUGUGCACCUCUUAGAGACAGUGUGCAAGCAGCUGCCAGUCAUCGCAAAGAACAUCGGCAAGAGAUAUUUUAAGCCAACUUUGGAGAACUUUCUUGAUCCCAUCUUCUAUGCCUUGUCCUGUGAUAAUGCCCUCACCAGCAGUGCUGCCAGUCUGUGCCUGAUUGAGCUUGGCAAGUACCUGGGCCCCAAUAUACUGAAGGGAAGAGUGGAACAGUACAAUCCCAAUUACAUCAACAAGCUCCUUGCCAACCAGUGCGGUGCGCCACUCUGAAGUUUGGAAGACCAAACAUAGCGACAACAGCCCUCAGCCAGCAACAGUGUGUGACACAGACUAGCUUCAGACCUUGACACCAACAAUAUUUUCUCAAGCAGUUUUAUCACUGCUUGGAAGUAUUGCUGGCAGUAACCUAAACCUUGAUAUGCACAUCUUAAGGGAAACAUCUCUUAACAUUGCUGUGUUGUAUCUGAUCUGAGAUUGGCUUGGAUGACAAGGGACUGGGUGGGUCUGAAAUAGGAAAUUUAUUUGCAUGUCAAUAAAGAUUUAUCAAAGUUGAGUAUGCAGUACUUAAAUUUACAGGGAACAAAAUCUAAGAUUCUAGAGAUGACAUGCCCUUUUGUUUACAACUAGUUUCUACAACUGAUGAAGAUAGUUAAAACAAAAGUACCAUGCUUGUGAGAAGAAACGUGUAUCAAGAAUUGGAGGUCUGUGCAAGGAUUAGUAUUAAGUGUUUCAACUGGUUUGUGUGAAUUUCUUUCAAAAUUUGUACCUCCGUGAUGCGAUGAUGUGACUUGAUUAUUGAAGUUGAAUGCCUGUGAAUUUCUAUGGAAACAUUUCUUUGAAAAUAUGAGGCUAAAGUUCAUCCUAGUUUUUCAAACACUACAAAAAGGAUUUUUGGACAGUAAUUUGCUAACUGUACACAGCGUUUGCAUUAGAGGAAAAUCAAAUCAUUGAGAAAAUACAGUGUUUAAGCAGAAGUACACGUAACUAUGCAGCACCUGUUAAGUUUUUACUGGGGCGUUGACUAAUUCUUGUGACACCGGAAAAACAGUGUUUAAUGUAAAUA